CGCGGAUCAAGCUAAACACAAACAGCCAUGUCAACUUCAACAAUUUAACCUCGUUCAUAGUGAAGCACUAGCCAGAUUUGUCCCUGAGAGCCUGAGCUGGGGGCUGUGGCCUGGAACUGGGGCUAAUGUCAGACUGUCCCGAUGAAGACGGGGGUCUGGUGCAACCUGCCCCAGCAGGCACAGCCAUUUUAUUGGGCAACAACACACAGUCAGAGACCACCGAAACUUCAGCAAAAGACAAGGUGACCCCUGUGAUAGAUGAGGCUUCACCGUCUUCCACUUCUUCUUUUGAGAUGCUCGACAUGGAGGCGGCGCCUGCUCCCUACCAGGAGGUUCAGCCUCACUGGUUCUUCUGUAGACGUGCUGAUGACAGCACAUCUUGGCAACCCUUCAGCUUAGUGGACUCUGUGAAACUAGAGUCUGUUUACAGCACUGGGAGCAGUUGGGACAUACUAGUAGCUGUGGAUGGAGAGCGGUAUGAUGUGCACAUUAAUGAGAGAAAGCGUUAUGCUGUGUACUGGGAACAAGCGCCCACUGAGGUCCGCCGCUGCACUUGGUUCUACAAAGGAGAUAAAGACACAAAAUUCAUGCCCUACUCUGAAGACUUUAGCCAGAGUUUAGAGGAUGCUUAUAAGAAAGCAAUAACCAAAGAUGAGUGGAAAACAAAGCUGGAGUUUCCCACAGGAGAAACUGUAAUAAUACACAACCCUAAACUCAUAAUGCAAUAUCAGCCAAUAUUUGCACAAGAUGAGUGGGUCUCCUCCCCGUCAGAGAGCACUCGACCCAGAACAGUGAAGAGAGGUGUAGACAGCAUUAUUGUAGAUAUACCUGAUGGUGAACCAGACAAUGUUGACCAUCUUGUUUUUAUGGUGCAUGGCAUUGGUCCUGCGUGUGAUCUCCGCUUCAGAUCUAUCAUACAGUGUGUUAAUGAUUUCAGGAGUGCGUCUCUGUCCCUCCUGUCCUCUCAUUACAAACGCGCUCAGCAGGAGGACAAAAUAGGGAGAGUUGAGUUUCUACCUGUGAACUGGCACAGUGCUCUACACGGUGAUGCAACUGGGGUGGAUGAGGACAUCCAGCGAAUAACUUUGCCCAGUAUUAGUCGGUUGAGACACUUCACCAAUGAUACUCUAUUGGACCUGUUUUUCUAUAAUAGCCCCACAUAUUGCCAGACUAUAGUAGACACGUGUGGCCUUCAGAGAUCCAACAGGCCUACAUGCACUAUUUAAAGAGCGACAGUCCAGAGUUUAAAAGGGGCUGUUUCUAUUGUGGGCCACAGCCUGGGCUCACUGAUACUAUUGACAGAUUCCCAGGGAAGAGUCAAACUGCCAGCACAACAUGACCAUUUGGAAGAGUUUCUGACCCAAAUGGACCUACAACAGUACCUGACCCUUCUGCAGGCUGAGGACUUGGAUCUUGAAUCUUGGGUUCUAUGUCGUGACAAUGACCUGAAAGAUUUAGGGAUUCCUCUUGGUCCUCGUAAAAAGAUCUUAAAUGCUGCCAGAAGAAAAGUAUUCCCAAAGGAUUGCAGGCAGAGUUCAUUGUUUCUGGCACCAGAAUUGCAUGGUUCCUCUCAGGAUUUGUCGGCCAGUGAUCACAAUGAUAAUCAGUCUUCAGGGUUGGUGACACAGCAGUCCCAGUUGCACAGAGCCCAGUCUGUCACCAGUGCUGUUGACUAUGAACACUUUGAUGUAGGCAUCGGACAGGUUUCCAUUGACUAUCCACAGUUGGCAUUCCAUCCACAGACAUUUUUUGCAUUUGGCUCUCCCAUUGGGAUGUUUUUGACUGUGCGUGGGCUUAAACGCAUUGACCCAAACUACACCUUUCCAACCUGCAAGAGUUUUUACAACAUCUAUCACCCUUAUGAUCCUGUAGCUUAUCGGAUAGAGCCCAUGAUUGUGUCAGAUGUGGAUUUGGAGCCCAUGCUAAUACCUCACCAUAAAGGCCGCAAGAGGAUGCAUCUUGAAUUGAAGGACAGCCUAACUCGUAUGGGCAUGGACAUAAAAAACAAUGUUUUGGGCUCCUUGCGGACAGCGUGGCAGUCUUUUGCGCGACUCCCUGUCGCUGCUUUGCCACCGGUUGAAGCAGGAGAAUCUUCAGUAGAAGGAAACCUACAAGAUGCACAGGGUGAAUGUGUUGAGGCAGAGUUCCCAGUUUCCACAGAGCAGCCAGAGCAGCUGCAGAUCAAAAUGGGCAUGUUGAAUGGAGGGCGUAGAAUAGACUAUGUUCUUCAAGAGAAACCCAUUGAGAGCUUCAAUGAAUACCUGUUUGCUAUCCAGUCCCACCUGUGUUACUGGGAGUCGGAGGAUACUGCUCUCCUGGUUUUAAGGGAAAUAUAUGACAAACUUGGUGUGGCUUUUGACCAGCCUCAACAGUAUUGAAGUUAGAGCUCUUCUUUAAUGCCUUACCAAAUGGGAGUAGUUUGUAUGGAUACGGCACUAUCCAAAACUGGGCUUGAAUACCGAAAAUGUAAUUUUAUUUCAGCACUUUCCAUAUUUUUUGCUAUGCACUUUAACUCCAUUAUUUACAUAUCCUUCUAAUUAUCAUUCUAAAUAUAUGUUGAGUAGGAAGUACAUGGACGGCACAUGUAACAACCACAAAGACCUUGUGUAUGUGUAACUAAUUUAGUUUAAAAUGCUUUUACUUAAAGAUAUUAACACUAUUGUAAAACAAAUUAAAGUAAUUUGACUAUAUCUCUUAAUCCACAGACAUCAGGUUUCUGUGUUAUAUGUUUGACCUCUGAAAAAUAAUUGUUGAUCUGUUUCAACAUGCUUGGCAGCUGCAUUUUUUCAGUUGAACAUUACUGAACUCAUUUCUUGCCUCAGUGCAAAUCAUGAUCAUAUAUUAUUGUCUGUUUUUAUUUAACUGAAAGAUUAUCUUUAUGGUGUGCAAUUUUCAAAUCCGAUAAAACCCAUUUACCAUGGACUGUUCAAAAGAAUUACAUGUUGAAACUAGAUCUUAUUUAUCUUAUGCCAAAGUCUGAAAACAUUGAACAGCUGACAAAUGAAGGUGAUCCUUACUGUCAGAAUUGUCGUUCAUGUAUGAAAGUGGAUUUGCACUGAUAAU